GUACGAGGAACAUUGAAUGCACCAUUAUUUCCUGUUCAAAGGAUAUAUCGUCAGUAGAAGCCAAAGGCUCUAAUGUAUUUUAUGUUCAGGUAUUUUCUUGACACUCUGUUUGAAACUUGUUUCCUGAGCUAUAGCUCGAUAGAAAGCGUUCCAGCGAUGUUUUGGGAAUAUUUCGACGCGGCUCGACGACUCGGAAAUUCAGCGGGCUGUACAAGCGAGUGAGAGACAUGGACAAUUCUGUCACCCUGUGGCAGUUCCUUCUCCAGCUCCUAUUGGAUUCCAGUAAUGAGCAGCUGAUCUGCUGGACCAAUGAGGAAGGGGAGUUUAAACUGCUACAGGCAGAGGAGGUGGCCCGGCUGUGGGGAGCCCGUAAGAACAAGCCCAAUAUGAACUAUGACAAACUCAGCAGGGCUCUCAGAUACUACUAUGACAAGAACAUCAUAAAGAAGGUGAAUGGUCAGAAGUUCGUCUAUCGCUUUGUGUCCUAUCCUGAUAUCCUGAAAGGAGAUGUUGCUACCCGGACAGAGGGCGGGGAUGUUAGUGCUGGGGGCCUCCCUCACCUAAUAAAGAGGGGAGACAGCACCCUACAGGAGGCGGAGUCUGGUGACCGCAGUAGCACAGCACCUCUGGGCCCAAACACCAAGCAGUCAAACCGGAAUGACUACAUCCACUCCGGCUUAUACACAUCCUUUACCCUCAACUCACUGCAGAAUGGACGUCAGCUCUUCAAGUCUAUUAAAAUAGAGAAUCCAGCAGAGAAGUUGGCUGAUAAGAGGGCUCUCACUGCCACAGCCCAGAGCCAGGAGCCUCAGCCACAGCAGCCAACUGCUUUGCCAUCGGUCAUCAAGUUCGGAAACACCCCCCCAAAACCAGCACCAGCACUGUCUGCUCAGGUUACCAUAGAACCCACCCUGAUGUCCAGCCACCUGGAUUCACUGCAAGCUGCACCCCUGAGGGCCGAAGACAUCACACACUCCACCCAGUCGGUCUACUCAUUCGAACACAUCCGCCCAUCAGAACCAACGUUCAGCCUACCAGACCUGACCUCGGCCAGCCCGUCCCCCAGCCUAGUGCCUGACUCAUCCCAGGAGCUGGUGAUUGACAGCGACAUGGAGUCUGGAUCUUCUCAGCCAGCAGAUGCUCAGACGCUCGAUCACACAGAUGCUCAGGCGCAGGAGAAGGUGGACAGUGGCAUGGCUUUGUCUGGAGAUGAGACCAGUUUUGUGGAUGCUGAAACCAGUUCAUCCUCACUGAGCAGCAGCACCACAGUCAGCACUCUGAGCUCAGGAAAGGCACGCAAGCCACCCAAAAUCCUGCAGAUCAGCCCGCCAACUCUGCUGGUCACCACCUCUGACUUCUCCCCCAUGAACCUGUGCAGCCCCUCGCUACCCACCGCCUCCCUCACACCAGCAAUGCUACAGACUCACAACGUGGACCCCACACUGUCAUGGCUGACUCCCACACUGCUGCUGACUCCAAGUCCUCUGCUGUCCAACAUCCACUUCUGGAGCACACUCAGUCCAGUUGCUCCCCUCAGCCCAGCCACACGGCGCCAGGGAGCCCACCUGUUCCAGUUCCCGUCGGUCCUCACCCCUCAGUUCCAGAUUCCUAUCCACAGUAUGGAUGGAACCAACACGCCGGGCCCCAUUUCCCCAGACCCUCAGAAGACAUAGGAUUAACCCCCCACAGCCGCUGCAUUUGGACCCAGCCAGCCAGACGCUUUCCCCUUUCCUGCUCCAUCUUCUGCUCUCACACAAAGGACAGUUCUAUGGGAGCUCAGUCAUCGCCAUUCCUCACCACUCUGGUGCUUUAAAGUACUCUGCCACAGAACUCACACUACAGUCAGACCUGUGGAGGGAAGGUCUGGAAAGAUGUUGGCAGUCCAGGUUUGACGGAUGACGUUUCAUAUUCUGUUUGUUUCAGAGCAUUUACACCCUGAGGAUGCUAUCCUGUACUCAUACACGCUGAUGCCAUAGUUCUUUAUGCACUUAUGGAUUCAUUUUGUCUGGCUUUUUGGGAUCCUAAGUCACAACAGUUGAAAAGAGAAAUACAUUUCCAUGGCAACAGCUGUUGCAUGUUGAUUGAACCCUGAGCAGCGACAAUCUGGCUCUUACCCGGACACACAGACCAGUGGAAAUGCAGAUAUAUGAACCUUUUCUUUUGUAGAAUUUCCUUCUUAUCUUGUGCAACAGUGUUACUGCCAAAAAAGACCCAUAUUCUGUUGUCAGUUAACCUGUUUGCUCCUCCUCUGACAAUACUUGUGUUCCUUUUCGUGCUUUGUCCUUAACUUUUACUCUUGUUGAAGGGUAGUGCUUUAACCUGAUAAUGUGCAUGUUUACCUGCAACUCUUAUCUCUUACCCAGCUCUCAACCUCGCCUCAUCUGCCUGAGUGUGUACUGUUUGCUGCUCUGAAAUGUUGGCUAACUAUUGCCAUAUCCAACAGGACUUUUACCUUGACUUUCUUAUCGUGACAUGUGGCCAUAUUAUUCAGAGCUGAACCUUUAACCAUGCCUCUAAUUAACUGUUCUAAUGUAUAUAUAUAUAUAUAUGUACAGUAGAAUAACCCUGACCGCCAAUGUGGCCUGGUCUGCCUCCAGCCAGUAAGCUUUGAGGUGGUAAUGACAGAAAGUGAAGCCAUAACAAUUUCUGUGCAUCGACUCUGCAAGCAACACAGAAAUCCUGUAUUUCAGCCACCUGCUCUCGACCUACAAAUAAUUAAAAGCUACAACUUGUUUUUGUGAGUUCUAACAUGUCGAUCUGUGAGCAGCAGAAGCAGACUGGCCUUGCAUCAGUUCAUUUUCCAUUUCCAGGUGCUAUCCACCGGCGUAGACCAAAACGCCUCUGGACGCAACUGGAUAGACGCACAAUCAGUCAAAGCAGCAAAAUAUGUCAGAGUAGUGUUUGACAAACAAAUCUUUCUCAUCAACAAAAGCUUAAAGUGUAAGCUUAACAGACUGUUCUACAUCCGUCAUCAUCAGACCCGCCCCAUGUCAGAUCAGCGGUUGUGAUUGGCCCAGGCCUGGUCGACAGGAAGACAGUCUGUACAGGGCGGGGACCAGAUGCAUCUGAAAAAUACUUGAGCUCACAGAUUGGUCUGGUUCCCAUGCUACGGCGGCUGUUUCAGGGUGGAUUUUGUUUAAUCCUGUUUAUAGACGUAUAGAUAACCAGCAUCUGGCUCUAGCUCUAGAGCGGUACAUACUGGGGUUGUCACGAUACUAAAAUUUUCAACUCGAUACCGAUACUCAGGAAAAUAUUCGAUACUCGAUACAAUUUUUGAUACCACAAGGAUAAAAACAAAGACUCCAAAAUUUAACAGAAAAUAAAUUAAAUAUUUAUAAUAAAAAACAGUUGUGCAAAAAGAAACUGCAACUAUGAUAACAAGCUUCAGGUCUGAGGUAGUGCAAAAAAUAAAUACAAUAAACAAUAACAAUUGGAACAAUAUUUUGAGGUUGUAUGCUGUGCACAAUAUUAGGCAAGCUUGAUAACAAAAAUAACAAUAACUUAACUUAAGUGUUCAUUCCUUGGCUAGGUAUCGAUACUUUUGAAAAUGAGUAUCGUAUCCGGAUACAACGUUUUAGUAUCGAUACUUUUUUGAGUAUCGAUACUUUUGACAACCCUAGUACAUACAGUAUCUAGUAAUUUUGUAUAUUUCUCAAAUUGUCACACUAGCCAUGAAAGAACAAUCUGAUCAAAUAGCAUCUUGAUUGUCAACAAGUCAGCUCUGGUUCCUCUGCUGUAAAUGAAUGGGCUCUGAUUAAUGUUGCUUGCAGCGUCCGUGCAGUUAUUUUAUCUCAGACUAAACCUUCAAAUCUUAGUAGUUAGACUCAGAGCAGUCUAGCUUUAACCAUUGCCAAGCCUUAGCCAUCUAAAAUAUCCAACCUUUAAUCGUGCGGACUGUAGAAACCUUCUGAUCCCCCACCCAUUAUCAGCCAUGAAAGGUUUGCACCCGUUUUGUAAAUGACUUUGAAGCCAUAAGUCUGAAACACAGACUCAAAAGGAAAAAUCCCACAUUUCUGUGCUGUUUAAUGUGGAAAUUGUACAUCAUACUUGUUUACAUGACACUUGGAUAGAACACACUUAAGUGUUUCUUGACCUAAGUGUCCCUUUCUAACCCAGGGAUGGAUGACCAGCGAAUCUUGUAGGUCUCAUGCUCAUUUGUACUCUGACAGACAUUUGCCCCCUCAGCCUGCAGUCCAUCACAUUGAUAUACGGUGCCUUACCACAGCCAAGCCCAAGUUUAGCUCCAAAAUGUUGAUGGAGUUCUAUCAUUUGAAAGUUAGUAUAGAACUAACAGUACACGACAGCGUUCCUGUUUGUUUUUAUGCCAUAUCUUUGCGAAGACCAAACCAGAGCCCCAGAAGUUUGGAGUAAAACUUCACAGGGAUGUUGUGUGUGUGUGUGUGUGUGCACACUGCAGCGCAUGUGGUCCACAGCUUAUGUUUGUAUUGCAGGACCUUCAAUGUGCCGCCAUGUUCUUUGGGAUGCACAAAUGUACAUACAGGCAGCAACAUGGGUUAAUAUGCAGAGCAUGUAAAUCUAAUCAGGCCAUGUUUUAGAGUCGGCUACCAUGUCUCUUUCCAACCUGCUUAUAAAUGUUUGUGAUAACAAAUUUACUCAGAAAUAUACAAAUAUAUAUAUGAAUAUAUCUAUAAAACCUGUUUAUUAUUUUUUGUGUAAUCUUUAAAGGUGCUGGUAACAACAUUCAGAGCAUAUCUAUGGCUGUCGUUCUCAUUCCUAACCUGUCACAUAGGGAACAUGGUGUUUAUUAACACACUGAGUAGCUUUGAGUGACUCACAUGCACUAACAUGCACAAAGAACAGAACACACAGAUGGAGUGUGACUUCAUUACAUUAGGGCUGCAACUAACGAUUAUUUUCAUUAUCGAUUAAUCUGUCGAUUAUUUAAACGAUUCAUCGAUUAGUUGUUUGGUCAAUAAAAUGUAUAAAUAAUAUCAAUCAAUGUUUCCCAAACCACAAGAUGACGUCCUCAAAUCUCUUGUUUUGUCCACAAACCAAAGAGAUAUUCAGUGUAUUGUCAUAAAGGAACAAAGAAAACAGAAAUAUUCACAUUGAAGAAGCUGAAAUCAGAGAAUUUGGACUUGUUGUUUUUAAAAAAAAACGCUCCAACCAAUUUUUCGGUUAUCAAAAUAUUUGACGAUUAAUUUAAUAAUCGAUUAUUGUUCGAUUAAUUGAAUAAUUGUUGCAGCUCUACAUUACAUUACUUGUAUCUUUACACAUAUUAAUGUUCUGAAUGCCGUUUAAAGCACCUUUAAUUUCCUGUAACACCAAUAGAAUUUUAAGAUUAAUUUCUAUUUUUGUAACGGCCAGAUAGUUAGUUGUUCGCUAUUUUGGGGUUCUCUGAUUUAAUGUUCUCUUUUGUGCAUGUGUUUCUUUGUUGUUAUUCCUCUUGUGUAUUUGGGAGGCGGCUGCCCCAUGCUGGCAUUUGCUAUAUUUGGGAUAAAAAGCCUUACGGGAAGAAAUCUAAAUCUAUGUUUUA